UGCAUGUUAUUUACAGUACUGUAAACUUAUAUGGGAUUUGAAUUUCCUAUUUAUGUUGCAUUAGUUUUGUGGUAAAUAUUCUUCGAAAUAAUUGACACUAAAGACAAUGUCUUCGGCGACACCUCUGCGCCAAUUGGUCUCCGAUUGCUAUGAAUUCAAAGCCAUAAAGUUUGGCGACUUUGUGCUGAAGACUGGCAUCCAUUCGCCCAUUUAUCUCGACAUUAGACCAAUGGUUAACAGACCUAAACCACUGAAACUCUUAAGCGAAUUGAUGUACGAGAAGAUCAUCGCUUCCGGUAUCGGCUAUGAUCUCAUUUGCGGUGUUCCCUACUCUGCCCUAUCGGUCGCAUCGAGUAUUUGUGUCCAAAAAGAGGUAAAUAUGAUAACGAAGAGGAAGGAAAACAAAGACUACGGAACCAAACAGUUGAUCGAAGGCCAGCAUAAGCCGGGCGACAGAGUGGUGAUCGUCGAAGACAUCAUUUCCAGCGGUUCCAGUAUUCUGGAGACAGUUCUCGCGCUAAGAAGUGCCGGACUUGUGGUGACCGAUGCGGUCGUAUUCAUCGACAGACAACAGAAUGGCGUCAAUAAUAUGCUUGAAUACGGUAUUACUGUCCACAGUCUAAUCGACGUGAAGACAGCUCUCGAGUACUUAGUGGACGACCAGAAGAUCAGUGAACAGCAACGCAGCGAAACCAUCGCUUGGAUUAACGCCAAUCCGUUGCGGAUUAAUGAUGAGAUCGUCAACGAGUGGCGACUCUUAUGUCUGGAGAAUAGGACCACAAAACUGCUGUCAUAUGAGGAAAGGUCGCGAUUAUCAACGCAUCCGUUGACUCAACAGUUACUCGACUUAAUGGUCAAAAAGCGAAGCAAUCUCUGCGUUGCAGUCGAUCUCAUCCGAAGUCAACAGAUCCUAGAGUUGGCCAAAGAGGUCGGCCCAGCGAUAGUCAUACUUAAGCUGCACAUCGAUAUCGUCGAGGACUUUGACCACCAAUUCAUUGAACAGUUGACAGCAAUCGCCGAGGAAAUGAAGUUCUUUAUCUUCGAGGACCGAAAGUUCGCAGACAUCGGCCAAACCGUGGCCUUACAGUACGGGAAAGGCGUGCAUCGGAUCAGCAGUUGGUCUCAUAUAGUGAACGCACAUCUGGUCUCUGGUCCGGGAGUUCUGGAGGGACUCCGGAGUGCUGUCCAACAGGACGGGGAUAGCCAUCAACACCGGGGCUGCCUAUUGGUGGCCUCCAUGAGCUCGAAGGACAACCUCAUGAACGCCUCGUACCCGAAGUCGGCCUACAAGUGGUCCCAAAAGUACGCGGAUUUUGUCAUCGGUUUCAUCAGCCAAUCGCGAGUGUCGGCCGAUCAGCGGUUCCUUCACAUGACUCCCGGCGUUCACAUCGAUGUCAGCGGCGAUGGUUUGGGCCAACAGUACGUCACUCCUGAAGAAGCCAUUGGAAAGCGUGGCGCAGAUGUAGUGAUCGUCGGCAGAGGUAUUACCGGCGCUGCGGACCCGAGAGGGACGGCACACCUCUAUCGCCAGAAAGCUUAUGAGGCAUACGUCCAACGAUUGUCACUAUAAGUCCAAUGGAUCAGCUCUCAAGACAUGAUUUUUACUGAAUUUUUUUAUUAAUACUAGAAAUGAAUACAAAAAUCUGUUUUUAAAAUUAUUUGAGGCAUACGUUCAGCGAUUGUGUUUAUCACUCAGUGGAUCCGAUCUUAAGACACAAUAAUCACU